UGCCUACACUCAUAGGGUAAAGUUGAUAGUAGAUUUCAAUUCAAUUCUUAAAACAUUAUUUUCACAAAAUAACAAUUACAUGUUGUAUUAAAAAAGAACAAUGAAAAAGACAGGGUAUUCUACAAAACAACAACAAUGUAGAAGUAGGAAUGAAUGUCUUGAGUGUUGUAUUUACUAAUCACUUUUUCCUUGGCUAGUGGCAAUGUGGUCUAGGGUUAAGGCUAGGUCUACAGUAUAUUAUCAACAUUGCCUUAUCAUAUAUCUCAUAUGAAAGUAUCGUAUUCUAAAGGUGGAUGUAAAUUCAACGUCUUGUUCGCCAUUUUGCGGUGGUCCUGUGAAGGUCAAGUGUUAGUACACCGCAAUAAUCCACCUUGAGUUAGAUUCCUGGGCUGCCAUUGGAUUAGUCCUGAGAACACAACAAUGGCUCGUUUUAAUUCACCAUAAUCCCAGUGAAUAUUGAAAGCACUUUCAUAUGACUCUGUGGAGAAGAGGCUAAUGCCGAAAGAAGAAACUCUCAGGAACAUAAUAAUAUAGGAGAUAAAAUAUUUACAAAUGUCUUCUUCCCCUACGACCUCUUGCGAUUGGAUGAUCCUGCAGGUUGAACAGAAAAAUAUCAAUGUUCGUGUCACCACCAUGGACGCUGAGCUGGAGUUUGCCAUCCUGCCCAGCACCACUGGCAAACAACUCUUCGACCAGAUAGUGAAGACCAUUGGGCUGAGAGAGACCUGGUUCUUUGGCCUACAGUACCAGGACAGCAAAGGCUUCUCUACCUGGCUCAAACUCAACAAGAGGGUGACAGCUCAGGACGUACGCAGGGAGAACCCACUGUUGAUAAAGUUCCGGGCCAAGUUCUACCCUGAAGACGUAGCUGAGGAACUGAUCCAAGAGGCCACGCAACGACUUUUCUUCCUGCAGGUGAAGGAAGGCAUCCUGAAUGAUGAUAUCUACUGUCCUCCUGAGACGGCUGUGCUGUUGGCCUCCUACUCUGUUCAGACCAAACAUGGAGACUACAAGAGGGACUACCACUUCCCGGGUUACCUCAGCAGGGACAAGCUGCUUCCCCAGAGGGUUCUGGAGCAGCACAAGCUGAACAAGGAGCAGUGGGAGAAUAGGAUAAAGGUGUGGCAUGAGGAGCACAAGGGAGUGCUGAGGGAGGAUGCCAUGGUGGAGUAUCUGAAGAUAGCUCAGGAUCUAGAGAUGUAUGGAGUCAACUACUUCAGCAUCAAGAACAAGAAGGGUUCAGAGCUGUGGCUGGGGGUAGACGCUCUGGGCCUCAACAUAUACCAGAACACUGACAGGAUGACCCCUAAGAUUGGCUUCCCAUGGAGUGAGAUCAGAAACAUUUCCUUCAACGACAAGAAGUUUGUUAUAAAGCCCAUGGACAAGAAAGCCCCGGAUUUUGUGUUCUACGCCCCUCGUCUACGGAUCAACAAGCGAAUCCUGGCGCUGUGCAUGGGAAACCAUGACCUGUACAUGAGGAGGAGGAAGCCAGACACCAUCGAGGUCCAGCAGAUGAAAGCCCAGGCCCGUGAGGAGAAGACUAAGAGACAGAUGGAGAAAGCUCUGCUCGAGAGCGAGAAGAAGAAGAGGGAGAAUGCGGAGAAGGAGACAGAGAAGAUCGCCAGAGAAACCAUGGAGCUGAUAGGCAGACUGAAACAGAUUGAGGAAGAGACCAAGAAAGCUCAGGAAGAGCUGGAUAAGAGGACUCGCAGGGCCUUGGAGCUGGAGAAAGAGAGGACGUUUGCCCAGGAGGAGGCAGAGCGUCUGGAGAAGGAGCGCAGGGCAGCGGAAGAGACCAAGGCAGCCCUCCUACAGCAGUCAGAGAGCCAGAUGAAGAACCAGGAGAACCUGGCUACUGAUCUGACCUCUAAGAUCUCCCUUCUGGAGGACGUAAAGCAGAAGAAGGACGACGAUACAAAGAGAUGGCAGAAAAGGGACUCUGUGCAGGGGGACAACGAUGAGACCGACGAGAGCAGCGCCGAGGCCAGCGCUGAGCUGACAUCACCAGGCAUGGUCAGAGACCGCAGCGAGGAGGAACGCAUGACGGAGGCUCAGAAGAAUGAACGGCUACAGAAACACCUCAAGGCCCUGAGUAGUGAGUUGGCCAGCGCUCGAGACGACAGUAAGAAUACUCCCAAUGACCUGAUCCACGCGGAGAACGUUAAGGCCGGCCGGGACAAGUACAGGACCCUCCGUCAGAUACGACAGGGCAACACCAAGCAACGCAUCGACGAGUUUGAGUCCAUGUGAAGGAUAGAAAGAAUGCGAAUGAGAGAGAAGGUGUGUGUGUGUGCGCGUGUGUGGGAGUGAGAGAGAGAGUGUGAGAGAGAGAGCGAGAGAGAGAGAGAGAGAGAACAAGAGUCUGUACUGAAUCUAUGUAUUUAAAUGGGAGUCAUAUAGGCAGGUACAGUGUAAUUACUAAGUCAUUAAUGCUUCUCCCCAGUAGUGUGUUGUCCCCUGUGACUAAAGAGUGCCAACUUCAUGGGAUUUGUAGUUUGGCCAAGUAAAAUUAUGCGGAUUACAGACUGUAGGCUACUAGUACCACAAUCAAAGUGAGUAAUGAUACUAUUAAUCAUAAUAUAUCCUAAUUUAUGCUGCUUUUGCUCAUGGUUUUUGUAAUCUUGAAAUUAAUCUAUGCAAAAUAAUUAUUAGCUGAUAUAGCAUGAAAACCAUAUUUUUAUGUAUGGAUAGAUUAGUGACAGGAAGGGAAUGGAUAGAUUAGUGAGAGGAAGGGUAUGGAUAGAUUAGUGACCGGAAGGGCUUGAGCUUAAUUGCAAUAUUUUCUUAGGAUGUUAUUUCACAGGUACAGUUGAAGUCGGAAGCUUACAUACACUAAGUUGACUGUGCCUUUAAGCAGCUUGGAAAAUUCCAGAAAAUUAUGUCAUGGCUUUAGAAGCUUCUGAUAGGCUAAUUGACAUAAUUUGAGUCAACUGGAGGUGUACCUGGUGUACCUCAGUGCCUCUUGACAUCAUGGGAAAACCAAAAGAAAUCAGCCAAGACCUCAGAAAAAAAAUUGUAGACCCCCACAAGUCUUGUUCAUCCUUGGGACCAAUUUCCAAACGCCUGACGGUACCAUGUUAAUUUGUACAAACAAUAGUACGCAAGUAUAACCACCAUGGGACCACGCUGCCAUCAUACCACUCAGGAAGGAGACUCGUUCUGUCUCCUAGAGAGGAACGUACUUUGGUGCGAAAAGUGCAAAUCAAUCCCAGAAGAACAGCAAAGGACCUUGUGAAGAUGCUGGAGGAAACAUGUACAACAUUAUCUAUUUCCACAGUAAAACGAUUCCUCCACAGUAAAAUGAUUCCUAUAUCGACCUGAAAGGCCGCUCAGCAAGGAAGAAGCCACUGCUCCAAAACCACCAUAAAAAAAUCCAGACUACGGUUUGCAACUGCACAUGAGGACAAAGAUCGUACUUUUUGGAGAAAUGUCCUCUGGUCUGAUGAAACAUAAAUAGAACUGUUUGGCCAUAAUGACCAUUGUUAUGUUUGGAGAAAAAAGGGCGAAGCUUGCAAGCUGAAGAACAUGUGAAGCACGGGGGUGGCAGCAUCAUGUUGUGAGGGUGCUUUGCUGCAGGAGGGACUGGUGCACUUCACAAAAUAGAUGGCUUCAUGAGGAAGCAAAAUUAUGUGGAUAUAUUGAAGCAACAUCUCAAGACAUCAGUCAGGAAGUUAAAGCUUGGUCGCAAAUGGGUCUUCCAUAUGGACAAUGACCCCAAGCAUACUUUCAAAGUUGUGGCAAAAUGGCUUAAGGUAUUGGAGGUAUUGUCAAGGUAUUGGAGUGGCCAUCGCAAAACUCAAUCCAAUAGAAAAUUUGUGGGCAGAACUGAAAAAGCGUGUGCGAGCAAGGAGGCCUACAAACCUGACUCAGUUACACCAGAUCUGUCAGGGGGAAUGGGCCAAAAUUCACCCUACUUAUUGUGGGAAGCUUGUGGAAGGCUACCCGAAACAUUUGACCCAAGUUAAACAAUUUAAGGGCAAUGCUACCAAAUACUAAUUGAGUGUAUGUAAACUUCUGACCCACUGGGAAUGUGAUGAAAGAAAUAAAAGCUGAAAUAAAUCAUUAUCUAUACUAUUAUUCUGACAUUUCACAUUCUUAAAAUUAAGUGGUGAUCCUAACUGACCUAAGACAGGGAAUUUUUACUAGGAUUAAAUGUCAGGAAUUGUGAAAAACUGAGUUUAAAUGUAUUUGGCUAAGGUGUAUGUAAACUUCUGACUUGAACUGUAUCAAUGAGUACAACAUCUUUUGCAAAGUGUUUUGCUAUGACUCCAAUAAAUACCAUUAACCAAAA